AUGGCUUCUUUCCAUGUGCGCUCCAUCAGUUUACCUACAAACUCACAUCCUCUCACUCUUGCACUGGAGGAACAAUUGUGCCAGCUAAAAGCAUCUUCAUCUUCAUCAAUCAGCCAAAAUUUAUCUGGUCUACAAAAAUUUAUUAUCAAGGAUGUAUUGUCUCAGAUGAGACAGUCUGUUCAAGAACUACAAUCAUCCAUUCGUAGACGAUCAAAUGAAGUUUUUGAAUACAUGAUUUCAAGAAAGAAACUCACCAAAGUGAUCCGCAAGUGCCUUGCAGAUCUUAAGAACAACAAGAAAAACAAAAUUAGCUUGCUAUCAGAAGUUGAAGCUACAACUUUAGCCAUUUUUGAAUCUAUAUCGUCUCUUGUUUCUGCUCCAAAAGAAAACAAGUCCUUGAUCUCUAAAUUGACGCUUACCAAGCAAGUUGCACACAUCAAACAAACUUUCGAAGUUGACAUUGCCGUAAAAGCCCUUACCAAGGGCAUUGAAGUAAACAAUGUACAAAAAACAUUGGGAGCCCUUGAAAUGACCCUUCAAGAUCUUGAAGAUGGACUAGAAACUGUCUUCAGAUGUUUAAUAAAACACAGAGUUUCACUUCUCAACAUCAACUAG